AUGGAGAAAAAAGACGAAUCGUUGGUUGAGGGCGUGGUAGACAGGUCUACCGAAAGCGACCCAUCUAUUGAGAUUAUAAGGGAUUCGGAUCGGGCGUUGUUGCGAAAGAUCGACUGGCGCUUGAUGCCAGUGUUAUGCAUCACAUUUGCCCUUCAGUACUGGGAUAAAGGCUUGCUUGGCCAAGCAGCCGUUUUUGGCCUGCGAACAGACCUGGGCUUGACACAAGGCAAAUCAUUCUCCUGGGUGUCUGUGAUAUUCUACUUUGGCCAUAUAGUCGGCAUGUAUCCUGCCUCGCUGCUGGCCCAACGGUUCCGUCCAAAGCGAGCUUGCUCCGUUCUGUCAGUCCUGUGGUCAAUCGUCAUGCUCACAACCCCCGCCUGCAAGACGUACUCUGGCAUUCUGGCGAAUCGAUUCUUCCUCGGCGUCGUUGAAGCCGGCGUCAACCCAAUAUUCAUGCUCGUCGUCGGCAUGUGGUAUACCAAACAAGAGCAAGUCUUGCGAUCUAGCAUUUGGUUCUCAUUCAGCGGCGGCUCAUUGUUAAUUUCUCCCGUAAUCAACUUUGGACUGGCUCAUAUCCAGAGUAACCGUCUGCAUCCAUGGCAGAUAAUGUAUCUGUUUGCAGGAGGUCUUUCUUUCCUCUGGGGCAUCGCACUACUUUUCAUCUUCCCUGAUACUCCGGAACUCGCCAAGGGCUUUACAGAAAGCGAGAGAGAGCGCGUGAUUGAGCGCAUGCGUCUUAAUAAUGCAGGCACCACAAACACAACUGUGAACCUCUCCCAGAUCAUGGAGGCACUCUUGGAAUAUCAGUUCUGGGGACUUAUAAUCCUUUCUUUACUGAGCUGCACAGGCGCAGCCGUGGUUACUCAAUUUGCAUCCAUCGUGUUCAAUGGCAUGGGAUUCAAUGCUUAUGAUUCUCUCUUGCUCAAUCUUCCAACUGGCGCCAUGGCUUUCAUUUGCGUCUUGGGCUCAGGAUAUCUUGGCAGACACUGGAACAACUCUCGAUUCUACAUCAUCUCACUCUCUUGUCUUCCGGUGAUUCUGGGGUGUGCAUUGCUUUGGAAAGUCGACAAUAAGGGCGCAAAGAUCUUUGGUUUCUACCUUCUCAAUUUUUUCUCGGCAGCUUGGGUCCAAUGCAUUGGCCUGGGAACCUCGAAUGCAGGCGGUUAUACUAAAAAGGCCGUAUACGCUGCCGGAACUUUCAUCGGCUAUUCAUUGGGCAAUGUUACCGGUUCUCUGCUCUUCGACCAGAAAUUCGCUCCCGCUUUUAGUCAGAGCUUUACAGGCAUUCUGGUUUGCUUUGCUGUUUGCUUCUUCCUUGCUCCAGUGCUUCGCGUUAUGCUGGAUAGAGAGAACAAGAAUCGAACAAAACUCUAUGGACCGCCUACCUUUGACAAAGCCCUCGAAGACUUGUCUGACAAAGAGAACACUUCAUUCAGAUAUGCUCUGUAA